AUGAGAGAAAGAGAAAGAAGCACUUACAGAGAUCUGCAUUUCCCGGCUUUUCUCGUCGGAGGAUCUUUCGCCGCCGUGGCAAUUUGUCUCUCCGUUUUCCUUAUCCUCCAGCAUCUCCGUUUCUACACCAAUCCUUCCGAGCAAAAAUGGAUUGUUCCUGUUCUGUUCAUGGUCCCAGUUUAUGCUACUGAGUCGAUCAUUUCCUUGUCCAAUGCAAAACUGUCGCUGCCUUGUGACAUUCUGAGAAACUGCUAUGAGGCUUUCGCUCUGUAUUCCUUUGGAAGCUACUUGGUCGCAUGUCUAGGUGGUGAAAGAAGAGUUGUUGAAUUCCUCGAGAAUGAAUCAAGAAACCCAUUGUUAUUACAAGGAGGGGAGGAAAAUGAGAGCAAUCAGAAGCAGAGGAAUUCGUUUUGGGAAUUCUUGUGUGAACCAUAUGUCUUGGGACGAGAGCUCUUUGUGAUAGAGAAAUUCGGUCUUGUCCAAUACAUGAUCCUCAAGACCUUUUGUGCCUUGCUGGCAUUUUUGUUGGAGCUUCUCGGUGUCUAUGGUGAUGGAGAAUUCAAAUGGUAUUACGGAUAUCCAUACAUAGAGGUGGUGCUCAACUUCAGCCAGAUGUGGGCUCUGUUUUGCCUGGUGCAGUUCUAUAACGUGACUCACCAACGACUUAGAGAAAUCAAACCCUUGGCCAAGUUCAUUAGCUUUAAGGCUAUCGUGUUUGCCACUUGGUGGCAAGGUUUCGGGAUCUCAUUGCUUUGUUAUUACCGUGUACUUCCAAAAGAAGGAAGAUUCCAGAACGCAUUGCAAGAUUUUCUCAUUUGCAUUGAGAUGGCGAUUGCAGCUGUGGCUCAUCUGUUUGUUUUCCCAGCUGAACCUUACCAUUACAUUCCAGUGUCAGAGUAUGGUAAAAUAACAGCCGAAACGAGCAAGAUGGAAGUGAAAAUAGACGAUGGUGGCGGUCUAGUUGAGACAACGGAGACUCAGGUUGAAGCAUCUGGCACAAGCAUUAAGGAGAGUGUACAGGACAUAGUUAUUGAUGGCGGCCAACACGUCGUGAAGGAUGUGGUUCUUACGAUAAACCAAGCGAUGGGGCCAGUGGAGAAGGGUGUAACAAAGAUCCAGGAUACGAUUCAUCAGAAGCUUUUGGAUUCCGACGGCAAAGAAGAAGAAUCCCAAGUGACCGUUGAGACUUUGGUGGCGCAAAACAAAUGA